CCGGGAGGUGGGGGAAGGAGGGCCUCGGUCCGCGCCGGCCUCUACACGGGAGCCUCGUCCCUGGUGCUUGCCACGCGAAGCGUAAAUCGGGAAUCCGCUUCAAGACAGCUCCCACUCCUCGUGUCUAAGAGUAGCAGUGGAAGGCUGAGCUGUGAAAGAAGCGAGUGGGCCACGGGGGCAGAGAGCCCUCCGCGGGGCCGCCCUGACAGCGCGUCUAUCCACGCACCUCAAGGCCAACUCGCAUUGCUGGGGCUCCAAGGCGGCCACGGGGAGUUAGAAGAGGAAGAUAAAAGACUUUUUGAUUCAUGAAGAAUCUGCUCACUGAGAAGUGUGUAUCAAGCCACUGGUUGAAUUUUCAUCAAAAAGGGAUUAAGCGGAGAAUGGAGAGGAAGGUUGAUUCCAGGUCUUCAAGGGAUGGUGCAGUUAAGAAACCUUAUUCUCCAAAGAUAAUGUCCAAAAAGAAGUCUUCUGCCUCUUCUGGGAUCUGGAGUGAGAUACCUAGGGCCAGGCACCCUGUACAGUAUCAUCCCUCAUAUGCCUGGACCCGAAGGGGCCGGCUAAGAGAACUGCGCAUCAGAUGCAUGGCCAGAAAGUUCUUGUAUUUGUGGAUUCGAAUGACUUUUGGAAGAGUAUUUCCCUCUAAAGCCAGGUUUUACUAUGAGCAAAGAAUUCUGCAGAAGGUCUUUGAAGAAUGGAAAGAAGAGUGGUGGGUUUCCCAUCGAGAGUGGAAACUCCGUGUUCGAGCUGACUGUCACUAUAGAUAUUACUUGUAUAACCUGAUGUUCCAAACCUGGAAGACCUACGUGCAUCAGCAGCGGGAGAUGAGGAACAGGUACCUGAGAGCCGAGGAUCAUGAUGCAAAACAAAAGAUGCGACAGGCCUGGAAGUCCUGGUUGAUCUACGUGGUUUUUCGUAGGACCAAACUUCGGAUGCAGACCACUGCCCUGGAGUUUAGACAGCGGAGUACUUUGUGGGUGUGGUGGAGCACGUGGAGAUGGCAACUGGGACAGGUUCACCUGGGCCGUGCCCUCCAUGCCUCGGCUGUGAAGCACAGGGCCCGGAGCCUCCAGCUGCAGGCUUGGUCACGGUGGCAGGAACAGCUUCUGCAUGUCUGGAGGGAGAGGCAGAAGAUGGUCUCCGCAGUGAAACACCAUCAGCACUGGCAACAGUGGAGAGCCCUGAGGGCCUGGCUGGAAUACCUGCAGGUGCGCAGAGAGAAGAGGCAGCGGAAAGAGAUGGCUGAGGGAUUCCACUGCGUCAUUGUGCUCCAGACACACUUCUGUGAUUGGCGGUGGGCCUGGAAGCGGAGGGAGAGCUUGUACAUCCACCACGAGCGGGUAGAGGGGCUGGCCAGGAGGAUGGUGCUGCGGAGGGCCUUUAUUCACUGGAAACACUACGUGCUGCUGUGCGCAGAGACAGCUGUGCAGCGGAAGGUGGCAGAAGAGCACCACAGGCGAGCCUUGCUGCACUUUUGCUUUAGAGCCCUAAAAGACAAUGUGGCCCGUGCCCAUCUCCAACGAAUAAGAAAGAAUCUUGCUCACCAGCAACAUGAUGUCACGCUACUGCACAGGUUCUGGAACCUCUGGCAGUCUCAGAUUGAACAGAGGGAGGAAAGUGAGCAGCUCCCCUUCCUGUGUGCUGCCUGGGACCACUACAGAAUAACAUUGCUACGCAAGUGUUUCCAAUUGUGGUUACAGUAUACUCAGAAGAGGCGAUCCCAGCAGCUGUUGCAGGCCAGAGCAGACAGUCACUUUCAGCGGCGAGCCCUCCCUGGGGCCUUCCAGGCAUGGAGAAGGCUCUGGCAGUGGCACCAGCAGGAGAGAGUCCUCUAUGCCAGAGCAGCACGCUUUCACAGGGUGAUGUUAGAGAAGCGGUUGUUUGCACUUUGGUGUCAGAAGGUAUCUCAGCAUCGAGAACACCGCUUGGCAGAGAGAAUGGCCAUACUCCACGCAGAGCGGCAGUUUCUGCGGAGGUCCUGGUCCAUGUGGUGCCAGCAAGCAGUAGCACAUCGCCUGGAGCGGCAGCGACAAGCAGUGGCCUGUGCCCACAACCGCCUCAGGUGGCUCAGGAAGGCUUUCUGUGUCUGGAGAGAGAGUGCCCGAGGGCUCAGAACAGAGAGGACGGGCAGGGCACGGGCUGCACGGUUCCACGCGGCACAGCUCCUGUGUUGGGCCUGGAGCAGGUGGAGGGAGCGCCUGGCCCUGCACAGUGCCGAGCAGCAGAAGCUGAUGCGAGCCGACCUGCAUCGCCAGCACACCUUGCUGUACAGGGCGCUGCAGACCUGGGGGGUUUACCAGAGCCGGGUGCGGAGCGUCCUUCAGGAGGUGGCAGCCAGGGAGAGCCGGCACGAGAGGCGGCUGCUGCGGGGUGCAUUACGUCGCUGGAGAGAGAAUGCCGUGGCCCAAGCGGACGAAGCAAAGAAAGCCUCUCGAGCAGCAGCUCACUACAGAAGGACCCUGUGCUCCAAGGUCCUGAUCGCAUGGCGGGAGGCAGUGUCAGUGCAGAUAUACUACCGACAGCAGGAGGGCCAGGCUGUCAGGGACGCCCAGGUGGCGCUGAAUAGGGGCUGUCUCAGGAUAUGGUUUCGGCGCUGGAGGGACCGCAGCUGGAGCGCAGCCCAGCAGAGGGUCCAGAUGGAGAGGGUCGUGCAGCAUUACCGCCGGCAGCUGCUGCUGCAGGCCGUGGCCCGGUGGAAGGUGCACCAUCUGAGCUGCAUCAGGAAGAGGCUUCUGCAGAGACAGGCUGCCCGACUCCUGGCCCAGACACUCAGUCGGACCUGCUUCCACCAGUGGAGACAGCAGCUGGCGGACAGGAGGCGGGAGCAGCAGGACACGGCGCGGGCCCUGUGGUUCUGGGCCUUCUCACUACAGGCGAAGGUGUGGGCUGCGUGGCUGGGCUUCGUGCUGGAGAUGAGGAGAAAGAAGGCGCGGCAGGAGCGGGCAGUGCAGGCCUACCACCAGCAGCUCCUCCGGGAGGGCGUCACGCGCCUCCUGUGCUUUGCAGCGGGCAUGAAGGCAUUCCGGCAGCAGCUGCACGCCCAGCAGCAGGUGCAGGCGGCCCACAGUCUCCACCGCGUGGUCCGUCGCUGUGCCACGCUCUGGAAGAAGAAGGCGCUGGGCCUGGGCAGGGAGCCUCAGCCCCCUACGUCCACCGUGUGCAGCAGGAGAGUGACGUUUGAGGGUCCCCUUCCCAGCCACCUUGCUGCUGGGGCUGGCGAUGCCUCCCUGGAGACCAAGAGGACAACAGCUCCUCGUGGGCUUCAGGGAGCUCUGGACAGCCUACCAUCGGCUGCUGGGGACACCCAACUCCUGGAGCUGAAUGCUGCCCGCUGGGCAAGAAAGCAACCGCGACGCCCAAGCUUCCUGCUGGAGCCCAUUGAGAGCCAGACGCCCCUGGGGUGUGGCACCCUCGGGGCGCAGGGGCCUGAGGCACUGUGGGAGCAUGGCCUAGGCGAGGUCCAGCCAAUAGGCCUUGCGCUGACAACACCCUUCCUGGCAAAGGCCCAGACAGCACUGGACCCAAGCAGCCCCCUGCCAAGCGCCCCUGGCCUGAAGCCGCCGCCCACAUUGAGUACAGGCCUGGAGCUGUUGCCCCCUUCUUCCUUCAUGCUGCGUGGGGCGGAAGCACACACCUGGGCAUCAGCCCAGCCGACGAUACCUGGGCUUAAGUCCCAGGCCCCUUCAUCCCUGGCCAGUGUCCCCAACCCCCGUCUGCUCCUUCCUGGGGACUUCACAGGCACCAGGCCUGGGCCUGGCUCUGACACUGCAGGUGUGUACCUGGGGCCUGUCAGUGCCUCAAGUGCUCAGGUCACUCCUGGCACCUGGAAUCCCUGGGUUCAGCCCGGGCCCAGACAGGAGGAUGGUCAAGAUCAAGCUUAUUCUCCUAUUGCCACUGGCCACAUGGACCUGGAGGCCGAGCUUGAGGGCAUCCAGCAGCAACUGCAGGACUACCAGACCACGAAGCAGAAUCUCAGGUCCUGCCAACGGCAAGCGAGCAGCCUGCGGCAGUGGCUGGAGCUGAGCCAGGAGGAGCCCAGGCCCGAGGACCAGGAAGCAGAGCAGCAGGUUCAGGAAGAACUGCAGGAGGUGAGACCUUGGGCAGCCCCCGGAAGGCUCCCAGGCGGGGCUUCCUCUCAGCCUGCCCCCUCAACCUCCCCAGGUGGAAGCGCAGAUCCAGCAGCUGGCCUCCAAGUUGCAGGCCCAGCGCCAGCCCAUCCGCACCUGUAUCGCCCGCAUCCAUGCCCUGCGGCAGGCUCUGUGCUAGUCACCACCCCACGUCCAGGAACAGAAUGCAAAACUGCAGCGAGUUUUUUUAUUUCAAAAUGUUGCAAUUAAAUGAAUUACUGUUCAGAAGUCUCCCACUUUUCAUACAAAAAUACUGUGCUACUGAUACAGUUGAAAAAGUUCAAAUGGCUUCUCCUGCAGGAGAAAUUCACAGCAUCCCCAGGAAACAUGAAAUCUGGCCCUGUCCCCACAAUCAGUGGCUCCCCAAGGACUGCGUACCUGUUGCCUGGGGACGGGUUUUCUAGGCACUGACAUUCUCCCCUCCCCCACACAUCAAAUACACCACCAAGGUUCCUUUGCCUCCAACAUAAGCCCCUGAUCAAUAGC